AAGAAGGUAAGAAUUAUGUAAAACCCAAGUAUAUCAAAAACAUGUUAAUGAAAUCUUAUUUAAUAACAAUGGAUUUAGAAGCCAAAGAAAUUGAAGCAGAUGAAAAAGAUAAAGAAGAAAAUACUAUAAAAGAAGCAGAGCAGAUAGCAGUUUCAUAUGGAUAUACUAUUCAUUCUGGAUAUAAUAAAAUUUGUGUAUUCGAUCCUGAAACCAAAAAAUAUUUGGGUGCUUCACAUAGAAAAUGUCACGGGAAAAAAUUAAUGAUUCAAG